AACGUAUUAAAUAACUCCCUGAAGGUGUCGCAAUCGAUUUGUUCCUAAUCAUGUCGCCGAGCUAUAAUGAAGUUGGCAACGUAAACAAAACUUUGUUUUGACAGUUUCAUUACUAACUGCAUCAUGGUUGACAAUCAAUUUGUCGAGGCAGUCACUGCCUCUCUCAUUCGGGAAUAUCUUAGUCGGAAGGGUCUGAAAGCAACCCUUCAAUCAAUGGAUAUCGAAAUGCCAAGAACUGAGAGCAGUAUCAACAACCGUGUGGCUCUCAUGAAACAACUGCAUAUUGAGAAACUGAUGAAGAAGAAUAAGGCGGAUAGUAACCCCUUGAGGAGUAUGGUAGAAGUUGUUACAAAAUUUAUUUUGGAACAAUCUGACUUUUGUAAUACCAUCCUUGCGAAAUCAAAUUCUUCUUCAAAGUCAUCUCAACUAAAUACAGCUUCUGAAAGAAAAGAAGAUAAAGAGGAAAGAAAAGAAAUGAUGGAUGUCAACAAAUUUCCUGUAAAAUCUUCUCUGAUUGGAGCUAAUGGAGAUUUUUCACCAAAGGCGCAGAGUGAAAUUGCUAGUCAAGUGAAAAGUACCAAUAAUUCUAGAAAGCUAAAUGGACAUGGCUUGUCCACGAGGAGUAGAGAGGAAGCAUUUUUUGAGAAUUUUAGUCCAUUGUCAAAAGUAAAAGACGAAGUGGGAGCUAUUCCAGUACCUCCAGAAGCUUCUCUUUCAAAUGCAUUAUUCGAUGAGUUCUUUCAUGGUGGACAUUGCAAGGAAUCAAAGUUUGUCUGUGACUAUUAUCACCCCAAAACUAAAAACAAAACAGACUUGCUUCAGGACCUAGUCCCUGAAUCUUUGAAGCUUAAAGAACCAAAGAACAUUCUUUCUAAUGAUAAUGACUAUCUUGAUGAUAAUUUGAAUGCAGUGAAAGAAACUGUGAUAACAGGAAGGAGGAGUUCCUCUGUUGAGACAUUAAAGGGUUUAAGUAUAGAAGAUGUUGAUGAUUCUGAAUUCUUAGACUUUACAGUACCCUCAUCAAGAAUUUCUCAAACAGCUCCCAUGUCUACUGUAAGAAAACCAAUAGAUCUCAAUACUGCUAUGAAACUGAAAACUUUAAUUCUUGGUUCACCAAAUUCCCAGUUUAGUCAAGAAUGGGCAAAGCAAAACUUGGAAUUCUGUUCACUGCCAAAGUUACAGUAUGGUAUAGUACAGAAAAAGGGUGGACCAUGUGGUGUUUUGGCUGCCGUUCAGGCUUAUGUCUUAUUGGAAAUGUUGUUUGGUGAAGACAAAGUAAAUACUGACUCAAGCUUUGAACCAAGCCCUGAAAAAUGUCGAACUGCCCUUGCUGCUGCGCUUAGUAAAAUAUUCUGGCAAGCUGGUGAACAUAAAUCAGCAGUCGUAACUUUGUCGAGCAGUGCCACACAUUUCAUUGGCGGCAACAAAUGUAAACCAGAUCGCCUGACAGAAACGUUGAUGCUUUACCAGUUCACUUCAUACAAGGAAUUAAACUCAUUUAUUAAGAAGAAUAUCAUACUGUUUGAAGCUGAAGGAAGCAGUGGUCUCAUUCUUGCCCUAUACUCAGCAAUCUUAUCGCGGUCUGUGCAAAAGAUACGUAGUGAAAUGGAUGAACCAAACAGCAAACUCAUGGGUUCUUAUGGCUAUUGCUCACAGGAGGUUGUGAACCUUUUUGUUACUGGAAAUGCUGUAUCCAAUGUAUUUGACAACAAGAUGGAACUGGAUUCUGGCACAGAGAAUGUAACAGUGCUAAGAGGUAUCCAGCACCCGAGUGAUAUUGGGUUCCUGUCAUUGUUUGAGCAUUACAACAACACCAAGGUUGGUUCUUACUAUAAGAACCCCAAAUAUCCGAUAUGGAUUGUGUGCAGUGAAAGUCAUUUCACUGUGCUGUUUUCAAUGAGUGACUCACUUGUGAAGGACAAUAAGGCAGAGAAGUUUGAUCUUUAUUACUAUGAUGGGCUUGCCAAACAGCAGCAACCGAUACGGCUCACCAUUGACAUAAGCAAUCCAAACUUCAAGAUACCAUCUGAUGAUGACAUGGUGCCUCCACUUGACUUGUGCAUUCGGACAAAGUGGCAUAAUGCCCGAAUAGACUGGAACUCUACAGAACCUUUGCUCUGAACUGUCUUUCCUGAAAAAGCAAAUCAUUUUUAUUGUAACACAGUUUGCUGUGAAUUCAAACUUAUAUAUAUAUAUAUAUAUAUAUAUAUAUUAUAUAUUUAUAUAUAUAUGUAUGUAUACAUGUUGAUAUAUAUGUGUGUAUA